CUGACCAUACCACGUGACAAAUACGCGUCGCGUUUAAACCCCGACGCGACUACGUUUAAAGAUCGAUUAACCCUCAAUUCGGCCAUUCAAUCCCUCCUCAUCCCAACCACCAUGGCAAAAACUGCAACAGAAUCAACAACAAAGGCCGCAACGAAACGCGCCAAUGCCAAGACCUCCAAAGCUGACAAGGAGGACAAGCCAAAGCGCGCCCCAAGUGCAUACAACCUCUACGUACAAGCCCACAUGAAAGAGUGGAAGGAGGCAAAUCCCGGCGCACCCAUCAAAGAAGCUAUGUCUGAGAUCGCAGUAAUGUGGCGGGACGCACCUGAAAACCCCAAUCGCGGCAAAGAGCCAAAAGCCAGGAAGCCCAAGGCUGCCGCCGCACCUAAAGCUAGCCGCAAGAAGAAACAAACACCUCCGCCCUCAAGUGACGCCGAGAAUAGUGCUGAGGCCAGCGAGUAACUUAUCAUGUAUGUUUUCUUCUUUUGUGCUAUCACGCUCGCUGACUUCUGCAGCCCCCUGCUUCCCUUCCGUUGCUUCUGACAUUACAUUUCCCCGUAAUCAUUCACUGUACGCUUCCGCAUUUCUUCCGAGUUGUAGAGCCGUGUAUAUGCUACGGUGUAGCUAUUUAUUCAGAUAGACGUCACCGAAUACACAUUGACAUUGUCUCUCCACCGUCGUGCUUGAUCACACGGAAAGUUCGACCAUCGACCUCGCGCCAUGUCCGACCAAUCAUGUCGCUGCGAGAUACACCACUUGCGCAUUCGAUCAUAAAAACCAAUUACUAUAUUGAUUGACGGAACUCCCAGCCUAGUUCAUGUGCAUGAUCCCGG